AUGGCUUUGUUGUUCCUUUACAGGAGACCAGAAGGAAACCCGUUAGACCUUAACAAUUUGCCCGAUGAGUACUCUCGAGAUGGCAAACAAGUCCUCGAAGACCAUAGCUCUUCACCCGGUUGCAGGAAAAAGAAAAGCGGCGGGAAGGAUGGAAAAGACGAGUGUGGGAAGGUCUACGAGUGUAGAUUUUGUUCCCUUAAGUUCUGCAAGUCUCAGGCUCUUGGGGGACACAUGAACCGCCACCGCCAAGAGAGGGAAACGGAGACACUGAACCAGGCUCGUCAACUGGUCUUUCGUAGUGAUCAUAGCCUUGCUGCACAAGGUGCCCCUCACUUAGGAUGCUGCCAACCGAUAGGAGCCGGGGGUUAUCACCCAUCAGGAGAUCCAACGGCACCGCUAAGAUUCCCGAGGUACUUCUCAGGUUCAUCCUCAACUCACAUGCCACCACCCGCACCGACACCACCACAGCCAUACCUGUAUGCCUCACCUACAAGGCCAGUGUCCUUUGGGUCAUCACAAUUUCCUCACCAGCAUGCGGUGAGUGAUUAUUAUGUGGGUCAUGUUAUGAGUGGGAGCCAUGGACACUAUGUGGGAGGAGGAGGAGGAGGAGAGAUCACAAGUAGUUACACCUGCAUUGGUGCACCGGUGGGACAAGGUGGUGGGUUCGGUGGUGGUGGUGCUGGUAAGGACGGGUCACUGCAUAAUAAUCAAGAGGAAGGGUUGAGUUGGGGAAGGGGCUAUUCAGCAGGAGCACAGCAUCGUUUGGAUCCUCCCUCAGCGAUCAAUCGGUUUCAAGAUGGUUUCUAA